AUCGCGGCGGCGGCAGUCCCGGAGGCUUCACCGGGUUGGCCCCUUCCCUCCUCCGCUACCCCCUCCUCCCCUCCCCUCAGUGGUGGUUUCCCAGGAGUCGGCGACGAGCGGACAGGCGGCGACGAGCUUCUGAGUCAACUCACUAUCCUGAAAGUUCAUCUUCCCAAGAGAAGGGACAGAAAGACCUCUUUGUAAGAAGGGCUUUAUCUCAUGAAUGAGACAGUAGAAAACCGAUUGGGGUGCAGCAGGACUCCAGAGCCAGAUAUAAGGCUCAGAAAAGGGCACCAACUUGAUGGUACAAGAAAUGGUGAUAAUGACAGCCACCAAGGAAAUUGGGAGCCCAUUUUAGAAGCAUCUGUUCUUUCUUCCAGUCAUAAAAAAAGCCCUGAGGAGCAUGAGUGCAAUGAUGAAGCUUCUCCGGAAGAUGAGGGGUUUAUGGGCAUGUCUCCUCUUUUACAAGCCCAUCAUGCUAUGGAAAGAAUGGAAGAGUUUGUUUGUAAGGUAUGGGAAGGUCGAUGGCGAGUAAUUGCUCAUGAUGUGCUACCAGAUUGGCUCAAGGAUAAUGACUUCCUUCUGCAUGGACACCGGCCCCCUAUGCCUUCUUUUCGGGCCUGUUUUAAGAGCAUUUUCAGGAUACACACAGAGACAGGCAACAUCUGGACACAUCUCUUAGGUUGUGUGUUCUUCCUGUGCCUGGGGAUCUUUUAUAUGUUUCGCCCAAACAUCUCUUUUGUGGCCCCACUGCAAGAGAAGGUCGUCUUUGGAUUGUUCUUCUUGGGGGCCAUCCUCUGCCUUUCUUUUUCCUGGCUCUUCCACACAGUCUACUGCCACUCAGAAGGGGUCUCCCGGCUCUUCUCAAAACUGGAUUACUCUGGCAUUGCUCUUCUGAUUAUGGGAAGUUUUGUUCCCUGGCUUUAUUAUUCUUUCUACUGUAACCCACAACCUUGCUUCAUCUACUUGAUUGUCAUCUGUGUGCUGGGCAUCGCAGCCAUUAUAGUCUCCCAGUGGGACAUGUUUGCCACCCCUCAGUAUCGAGGAGUAAGAGCAGGUGUGUUUUUGGGCCUCGGCCUGAGUGGAAUCAUUCCUACCUUGCACUAUGUCAUCUCGGAGGGGUUCCUGAAGGCGGCCACAAUAGGGCAGAUUGGCUGGCUGAUGCUCAUGGCCGGCCUCUAUAUCACGGGAGCAGCCCUGUACGCUGCUCGCAUCCCCGAACGCUUCUUCCCUGGCAAGUGUGACAUCUGGUUCCACUCUCAUCAGCUGUUUCACAUCUUCGUGGUCGCUGGCGCUUUUGUUCACUUCCAUGGUGUCUCAAACCUCCAGGAGUUCCGCUUCAUGGUCGGUGGCGGCUGCAGUGAAGAGGAAGCACUGUGACACCUCCCAGAAGCCAGGGACUGUAACCCUGAACCAGCGCCUGCAUUCUGCCCCUCCUGGCCAGUGAUGCCAGUACCAGAGGAGCCCCAAACUUUGGCAGCCUCGUGGGCUUGGUGACGCCCCGGGGGCUCCACGUGGUACACGACUGAGAAGAGAAAAACAAAAAUAAAUCAUACCUCAAAGGUGGAGUGCAUCAGUUGGAGAAGAGGAGAAAUGGCCCAGACCCUGACUUAUUCUUGAGAUCUGCCAGUUGCAGGCUCUACGGGACCCUUGGCAGAUGGGCCUCUGACUUGUGUCGUAUUUAUUUCUAGAUGAUGGGGACACAGUGCAGCUGGUGGCCUGUUCUCCCUUCUCUCUCCUUGAAACCAUGACACCAAACAAUUAGGUGAACAUUUAUAGCCUAUUAAGAGGCAGGAGUGUGAUUUUAAGAUACUCUUUUGAGAGAACAAAGAAAUUAAUUUAAGUAAGAUUUCUAACUUACUGUUUAAAUAAGAAUUUAUAUAACUUUAAAACAAAGGGGUAGGGGAGGGAGGACUUUUGUAUAGAGUGAAACAAGCAAGUACCACACACUGUUUCCAUUUGCACGAAGUGACUGUAGGUGGGUUAGGUGAUAGCCCAGAAUGUAUAAUGCCUUGGCGCACCAAGGUGCCUUUGAAGGCUGACAUACCUUGGGCCCUGCGGGGCAGAGACAGGCCCCCGCCCAGAGAUCACAUGACCACUCCUGCCCAAGAGCCUUCGGGAGUCCCGAGGUAGAGGGAAGCCAGCUGUUUUCCCAGUGGAGGCAGCAUGCAAUGGCUAACAGGAUGUGUUAAAGGCUCUAGUUACGGUGUCGUUUGAGAGACUGAUUUUUUCCCUGUGCUAAUAGGGACCCUUUCCCAGUGGUAGAGCCACCUGCUUGGAGAAGGCCAUUGUGCUGGCAGAGGUCUAGUGGGAACAGUGGGAAGAGCUCUGGAGGUGUUAGCAUGGCACUGGGCUGAAGACUGGCAUCCUACUCAGCCUUGUGGGAACUUUAUCUGAUAAAGGGACGUAACAUUUUUCCAUGUCCUUGCUGUGGAGCUUUGGAACACCCUGGAAAGGUCCUUCUCUUAAAAUCACUGAUAAAGGGACGUAACAUUUUUCCAUGUCCUUGCUGUGGAGCUUUGGAACACCCUGGAAAUGUCCUUCUCUUAAAAUCACUGCCCUAACCACCCUUCCUCUUCCUGGGAAUAAAAAUUGACCUUUCCAUGGCCUCAUAGUCCCUGCCACAAAUGAGAUCCUGACCUGUCUCUGUCUCCUGAGCUCAUUUAAGAUAGGUUGGGAGGGUGCUGCUGUGGAUUAGAAGAGAGGAGUUCACCUGGAACACUGUCUCGGUAAGCCUUGACAGACACAUCAGCUCACCUUGAACAGGAAAGCCAGCAGAACGCUUGUAAAGCAGGUCCCAGUACGGUGCAUGGAGUUACCAACAUUCCCGAGCCCUGUUUCUUAAGAAUAGCAUGGUGGGAAGUUUUAAAAGGAAACUGUGUGCUGUUGCCAGGAAGCAUGGUAGAGUCCUUAAAGCUCGCUCUAUGAAGAGCUGCUGGGAGUAACAGACAGUUCUUGUGUCCAUGAGGUGCCCGUUAAUGGUGUCAGAGAGUGUGGCAGGGGAAGGGUCUGCUGAUCUUGGCUCACAGGUGAACCACCGAAAUAGAACUUGGGUCUCAGGUUGCUUACUGUCAUCCAGACACAAGUGACUAAGUUACAUCCUGGGGCCUGUGGGUUUUAGAACUAACAUUGAAGCCCUAAACCUAGGGGCUGGCAGCCUCUAAUGGGUGUUUGGGAAUAUGGGAAGUGUCUAUUUGGUAUAGAGUUUUUCUUGGUUAUUUUUAUCCUUUCUCUCCCCUUCCAAUCUCCAGCAAAAGCAGGGAGAAUGAAUCCAUUGUAGAACUUGGGAAGAACUUAAGAGGAUAUUGUGGUUUGUGGUUCUAGAUAAACUCGCUGCCCUGGGUGCUAGGCGGACCCAGGGGAAGAUGCAGUGGGUGGCCUGUUGCAGCAUCUGACAGAAAGAGUCAGUAUUACCCCUUUAGAGGAGACGUAGUCCAGCAGGAUAGUUGACACCUGGAAGGAAGCUCAGUUCCUCAGAAGUAACAGCACAUAUCAGACGCCGGAUUUACUCUUCGGUCAUGCACUUUUGGCUACAGGGGGUACAGGGUAUGAGGUGCAGGCCUGUGAGCACCCCCCAAAAAGGAGCAGUCUCUGAGCCCAGCCCCCUCAGGAGGAGCUGAAUCUGGUUCAACAUAGCACAAACCCUUAGGGAAAAUGAAAUUAGCAUCAGCAAUGUGUCAUACAUAACAAUCUCCCUCUUUAGGGUGUGUACAUAGGGACGUGUGUGCCCAUUUACACGUGUGUCUGUGCACAGCUCACUCCCCGCGGCCUCGCUGCACUGAGUCCACAGUGCUUGCUGAGAACUCUCACCAGGUUGGCGCCUGAAUGCCUUACUCUCAGCAUCAGAGGCUUGCUUGCUUUGCAGAUUUUUAAUUUUCUUCCUAUACCCUAGGCUAGUUAGAACCUCCACAGCUUCAUUCUUCUCACCUUUAAAUAGUGGCCUUUUUCAGUAUUUUUCCCCUUCCUCUUUAUAAAUUGCUGAAGCCACAAAGCACAUUUUUGAGUAUCAUAGAAGGUUGGGGUUCCAGAAAGGCAUCUGUGUGGUAGUUCCAUUCACCAUGGGAUUUCCCUACUUGCUGUCUUCUCAACUUCUAAUAAAAAGAGCCAAAUGGAGUA